CCGGCUGCGGCUCGUGCCUGGAGGGCAGCGCCCAGCAGAUGUACCAGAGCCUGGCCGAGCUGGACACCCUGCCCCCCGAGACGAAGGUGUUCUGCGGCCACGAGCACACGCUUAGCAACUUGGAGUUUGCGCAGAAAGUAGAGCCAUGCAACGACCACAAGAGGGAUGAGGAUGACGUGCCCACAGUGCCGUCGACUCUGGGCGAGGAGCGCCUCUACAACCCCUUCCUGCGGGUAGCAGAGGAGCCGGUGCGCAAGUUCACGGGCAAGGCGGUCCCCGCUGACGUCCUGGAGGCGCUCUACAAGGAGCGGGCGCGCUUCGAACAGGCAGGCGAGCCGCGGCAGCCACAGGCGCGGGCCCUCCUUGCGCUGCAGUGGGGGCUCCUGAGUGCAGCCCCACAGGAGUGACCCAUCCAGACCCUCACAGGGCUAGGGCCUGCGUCCCUCCUCGUGACCUCGGCCAGGUGGACCCGCGCGAGGGCCACUUCUGGAACAUUCUUUGAGGCCCUGGCCAGCCGUUUGCGCAGCCUCGGAGUGUGCGCCUCGGCAGGCUUGUGCUUCCUGGGUGGACACACAGGACCACUGUGCGGGGCCGUGUGGGCCCCGAGACCUGAGUUUCUGGAAAGCGGGGCGCAUGGGGCUUCUGAACUACAAAUAAAGCUUCGAAAGGCC